AUGACCGCGACACACUCCGAGACCUCGAACGAAGAGACUCCCUUGCUCGCCCGUGGAAAGAAACGGCCGACCCCGCUCCCGUGGUUCCAGUUCUCUAUUGUGCUAUUUCUACAGCUGGCGGAACCGUUGACAUCGCAAGUGAUAUAUCCCUUCGCACCGCAGCUCAUACGCGAUCUCGGAAUAACUGGUGGAAAGGAGAGUCAAGUGGGAUAUUAUGUUGGACUUAUGCAAUCGCUAUUCUUCCUGACCCAAGCCUUCACUGUUCUUCAUUGGAGUAGAAUAUCCGACCGCGUCGGCCGAAAACCAGUAAUUCUGACUGGUUUAUGUGGUCUAUCUCUCUCCAUGUACUGCUUCGGUUUAUCGAGAACAUUCUGGAGUCUCGUACUCAGCCGAAGCUUGAAUGGCGCAUUAAAUGGAAACAUCGGCGUUAUUAAAAGCAUGAUGGCAGAAAUGACUGAUUCGACAAAUAUCUCCAAGGCCUAUGCUUACAUGCCGAUCGCGUGGUCCACUGGUGGGACACUCGGUCCAAUUAUUGGAGGAAGCCUUGCUCGACCUGCUGAUAGGUUCCCGCAUCUUUUCGGCCAGAACGACUUCCUGAAGAAAUACCCCUACUUCCUGCCCUGUGCAGUUCCUGCGACCUUUUCUCUUCUGGCAUGGGUUGUCACUUUCCUCUUUCUCAAAGAGACAGUGCGUUCUCCUACGCCUAUGCGCGAAUUUUUAGGCAUCAGGCAAGCAAAGACGACCCCAACCUUGGCCGACGCUGAAGAUGCAGCAAAAACCCCGCAAAGCAGGGACGACGUUCCAGAAGCGGAGAAACCCCUUCCUCUUCGGUCCCUUCUGACCCCUCAGGUGGUCAUUGCUGCUGCGAACUACGCUGCACUGUCACUCGUGGACAUCGCCUUCCGCGCCAUCCAACCUUUGUUCCUCUCGACGCCUAUUCAUCUCGGAGGCCUCGGACUACCUCCUCAGACAAUAGGGAAGCUGCUGUCUAUCUUUGGCGUCCUGAACGGCGUGUUCCAGGUGUUUUUCUUUGCGCAAAUCCACGACAGAUGGGGCUCGAAGAGGGUCUUCUUCUGGGGUCUGGCGUCCGCUUCCCCUGCAUUCGCGACUUUCCCGCUUAUCAACCACCUCGCUGUGCUUCAGGGAUAUAGCACGGUUGUCUGGAUAGUGGUCGGAUUCCAGAUCGUCAUUUCCAUCGCACUAAGUCUUUCAUACGGUGCUAUCUUCAUUUUCAUUUCAGCUGCGUCACCCAACCGUGCGUCCUUGGGUGCGACAAACGGGCUGAGCCAGAUGACUGUGAGUGUCAUGCGUGCGAUUGGGCCAGCAGCGGCAAACUCGCUGUUCUCUGUGUCGAUAGAAAAGCGAUACUUGAGUGGCUACCUCGUAUAUUACGCCCUCCUCGCCAUUGUCGGCGUUUCUCUGGUUGUUGCGUCCAUGCUUCCCCAACAUGUUCGCACCAUCUAA